UGAUUUUUCUCCAACCUGUCAAAGAAUCUAAAACCAAAACAACUCGCGAUUUCUUUUCGUAGCUCGGCGGAAAAAAUAUUUUUUGAAAACGUGCAAGUAAUUUAUUUGAAAAAAUAAAAAUGGCUUCUUCCCGGGUAAAAACGCGCGAAACCAAGACGGGCGAAAUCAUCGCGUACAGUGAGGCCGCAAUCCGGAACAACGCGUCCGCCGUGGAGUACUGCCGAACGUCGAUGGCCGCCCUGUCCGGAAGCACCGCUGGUGUCCUCGGCCUAACUGGAAUCAUCGGUUUUCUGUUUUACGUGCUGGCCGUGCUCGGUAUGUGGUGUAUGCUGCUGCUCAAGUCCGGCUCGAACUGGCAAAAAUAUUUUAUCAGCCGGAAGAGUCUGCUGACCAACGGGUUUCUCGGAGGGCUCUGCACGUACGUACUGUUUUGGACCUUUUUGUACGGGAUGGUGCAUGUGUACUAGCACAGGAAAGAAACACUUGCAGUUUUAAUCGACGAAAAGCAUUUUGCGGGGAGGGUUCAAAUUUUAGGCAAACAUGAGCUAAAUAAAGAGGGGUUCUACUUUGUUUGUACGAUUCUAAGCAAAUAGAGGAAACCAGAAGGGAGAAACAAUAAACAAACACAUAUUAGCGUAAUUCGUUUCGUAAUAAAUGUAUAACCGGUA